UGUAGCAUGUUUUCAGCCAUGCUUUCCAGUCACAUUCGCAGGCUGUGAGAGGGAGCAGUGCUGACGCUCGCCAGCCGAGUGCCACCCGGACAGCGCCUGCCCGCCCGCCGUGUGGGUGCCUGCAGGUGAUGGGGCAGCGCCUGCAGGUGAUGGAGAGCUUUGUGCCAGGAGCAGGAGCCCUGUGUGCCUGAGUUUUCAGGUGACACUGCUGGGCUUGCCACGUCACUUGUGCCCCUCUUGUGUCCCCCCCUUAACCUGCGCGGCCCUGGCCUCCAGCCGCAGGUUCAGCACGCUGGACACCCCGUCCUUGCGGGGCCUCGCAGGGGCUCCCGUGUGAGCCAAGGGCAGAGCUUUGCCGGAGCCUGGGGAUCUGCAGCGGGUGAUGCAGUGGGAACCGUGUGCUGCCUGGCCGGGGAUGGAACUGUGGGCUGCCGUGGGAAUGCCUGUCUCCCUGAGCGCGAAGUGACUGCAACUCACACGAGGUUGGGACUACUUCUCGGAAGAUGCCCUGUGUGUCUCCGGUCAUUCCUCUCCGGUCUCACCGCAGAAUAUUUGGAGUUGCUAGCUUCCUCCUGCCGAGGGGGGACAAAGGCAUAGGCCUCCAGAGGGUUAAGAGCAUCUGCUUUUACGCCAAGUGUUCGAGCAGGAAAUAAUCUGCAGAGAUACAUGUGCAGCAAUUCAACUGCUGCUGCUCUCUCAGGCUGCCGCUGCUGCAGUUCGGUGUGCGAGAGGAGCCGCGCUGCUGGCAGAAGAUGCUUUCUUGGUGUGUCCGAAGCUCCAGGCAUGGCAGGAGAGCCCCGGCUGUCUGAGCUGGGGUAAAUGUCUCCAUCCAAGAGGAAUUAUGUGGACUUGCUUGCUCUGUCGGCUCACGGAGAAGAAUGUUCAGACUUAUUUAAAGAGUGCAGAUAACUGGAACUCAGAGGUGUCCUGAGGGUAGUUGUUUUGGUCUCUUCCUGUGUGAGUCUCCUCCCCAGUGAGCAGUUCAGCUCACUGCCAUCCACGAGUGGGGAGUGCUUUGAGAAGAGCCCACUGAAGGCCUGAUAGGAAAGCCCUGAGUCACAGACCCAGCAAACCUCACCACAAACCAGCUCCUCACCAUACACUGGUCUCGAAUCUCCCUUGGGGCUGAACUUUGCUGCUUCCUGCUGUGCUGCCUGGAGCCUUUUCCACGUUAACAAAGGCUGAUGGAAACCUGUGUCUAGGGGGUUUCUAUCCCCUGUGGCCUCUCCCUGCGCUGGUCCCUGCCCACGGCGCGGCAUCACCACGCACCAGAUGCGCAGGCGGCUGCCAAGAGCUUCCCUCCCUGAGCACAGGUGCUCUCUUUCAAGAAAAAAAAUGGUGAACUUGGAAACAAGCUGGAGAUCGCAAAGUCUGCUUCCCCUCGAGGUUGCUGGUCAAUGGUUGUCAUCUACCACACCCAAGGAAACUAGAAGAGCUCCAUGCUAACUUAUGUAAGGAUUUCUUCACCAUGGAAGAUCAAAUGAUUUCCUGGCUCAGGUUUUGUGAUGUUCGGCAUCUGCCUUGGACCCGCAAUUCGGAAAAGGGCUCCUCUCUGAAUCACGGUUAAGAGACAGCAAAAGCAGUCCCAGACAAUGAGCACUUUAAGUAGCACUGGAAUAUUGCUCAGCUUAACGACAGUGUCUGUCACACUGGAUUUCAGUUUGCAUGAUGGUCUGAUGGCUUGGCCCUUAAGCAGCAAUCUGACUCUGAAUCAGAGUUUGCCCACGUCUGAUCCUCUCAACGCCUCUGAGAAGGGCGAAGUCUCUCGGAUGUCCGUGAGGGAGAAGAAUUGGCCAGCCCUCCUCAUCUUGGUUGUCAUCCUGCUGACCAUUGGGGGGAACAUAUUGGUAAUUAUGGCUGUGUCCUUGGAGAAGAAGUUGCAGAAUGCCACAAACUUCUUCCUGAUGUCCUUGGCAGUGGCAGACAUGCUGGUGGGUAUCCUGGUCAUGCCCGUGUCGCUCGUUGCAGUCCUGUACGAUUAUGCUUGGCCUUUGCCUAAACAGUUGUGCCCUAUAUGGAUUUCCCUAGAUGUGCUCUUUUCAACUGCAUCUAUUAUGCAUCUCUGUGCCAUCUCUCUUGAUCGGUACGUAGCAAUACGCAAUCCCAUUGAGCACAGCCGCUUCAAUUCCCGCACCAAGGCCAUUAUGAAAAUUGCUGCAGUUUGGACCAUAUCCAUAGGGAUAUCUAUGCCUAUUCCAGUCAUCGGUUUGCAGGAUGACUCCAGGGUGUUUGUAAACGGGACCUGCGUCCUCAACGAUGAGAACUUCGUCCUCAUUGGAUCCUUCAUGGCUUUCUUCAUCCCUCUCAUCAUCAUGGUGAUCACGUACUGCCUGACCGUGCAGGUGCUGCAGAGACAGGCAACGGUGUUCAUGUGUGGAGAGGUGCCCAAGCAGAGGAGGAGCAGCGUGAACUGCCUCAAGAAGGAAAACAACGCAGAGAACAUUUCGAUGCUUCACAACCACGAGGGGGCAUCUCACUUGAACUCCCCCGUAAAUAAGGAGGCAGUGCUUUUCAGGAAAGGAACUAUGCAGUCCAUCAACAACGAGCGAAGAGCCUCCAAGGUCCUGGGCAUCGUCUUCUUUUUGUUCCUCAUCAUGUGGUGCCCGUUCUUCAUCACUAACGUCAUGUCAGUCCUCUGCAAGGAAGCCUGCGACAAAGACCUCUUGAGCGAACUCCUCGAUGUGUUUGUGUGGGUGGGGUACGUCUGCUCCGGGGUCAAUCCCUUGGUGUACACGCUCUUCAACAAAACCUACCGCAGGGCGUUUUCCAAUUACAUCCGCUGCCAGUACAAGAGCAGUAAAAAGUCAGCGCUGCGGCAGAACCAGUGUCUGAACGUCGCUUCAACAGCCCUGUACGGGAAAGAUCUGACUUUAACGAGUUAUCGCAACGGCAACGAGUUCAACAGCGUGGAACUGGAGGCUGAGGAGGGCCUGGAACUGCAGCCAGGGACUUCAGAGCUCUCCAUAAACAGCUGUAAUGUUGUAAGCGAGAGAGUGAGCUGUGUGUAAAGGUGACUCACGCAGCCUUUUGCUACGGUGUAUCUGUAGCCAAAAUACAGUGUGUACAAAUGUAAGUGUCACUCAAAGGACGAUGUAAAUAUUGCAUUCUGAACAAAGCUUUUUUUUUUUUUUUAAAGAAAAAAAAGGAGUUGUCUUUCCAGUCCAGUACUUAAAAUCAUAUAUAUUAAUAUACUGCAGUGAAGUUUAAGGUUCUAUAUUUACUGUUAAUAAUAGAUCAGAACUAUUAGUUACUCUGCAUAUGUCAUGGACAAAAUGUUUGAAUUCUUCUUCCAGUGCAUGAACAAAAAUGCUGAAUAUUUAUCUCAGGUGGAAUUUGCUGGAGUCCAGAAUGGCACGUUAAUAGUUAUAUAUCAAAUACAUGCUAUUAGACUUGGUCAGUAUAACUUUCUUUUUCAAGUUGACAGUAAAUAUAUACUUUAAAUCCUCACCCCUAUUUGUGCCGUGUAAAGACUUUCCAGAAACCUGGCAGAAAGACAUCACAAAAGCGUAGUGGCCAUGCAGGCACCUGGCCAGACAUGCCCUGUGGCUUGCUGCCAUACUGGGUCAAUCUUGCACUUCAGGGGUCCUCUGUUAAAUUUUGACUCCCUCUCCAAUCCUGCUGUUUUAUUUCCAUUGCACUGGAGGCUCUGGCUCCCCUAGGGAAGGUAGGGAAUGCAGUUCUGCUGUGGUUUUGCAGUCCUGGCUGGGAUCACUUGCAGCCUUGGAGAAGAAGCAUGAGAGACAAAGUUAUCUAUUUCAAUCAUUCUAUGAAUGGGAGGCCUCAGAUUCUUAAGAAGCCCUCCUUUGGUCUUACAGAAACCCAUGAGGUCUGGGUUGGAGCAGGCUGUGCUCAGUGCCCUGCCUUCACUCACUGCUGGAGGAUCAGGGGCUUUGGCUGACCUGGAGAAGAGCACUCUGGCUUUGGAAGGGCCAGAUCUUUGGCCUUCUAGGAUCUCACAUCUAGCUAUUCUUUAGCUUGUUUAGCAUUUACUUUCAUUUUUCAGCAUCCUGGGACUUGCAUGCUGGUGGUAGAGCACUGCUUUGGGUGUAGAGCAGAAGCUGCUCUGUGAGUGGUGCUGGCCAGGGCCAAGCUGUGAGGAGCAGGAUGGGCCUUCCUGGGGGAUGCUGGGGGACAGGCACAAGUGAAGGUCCCUGCUCCUGCCUCAGGAAGGGGUGGGCAGAGCUGAGCAGAGCAUGUGAUUGGAAUCAUUUGCUGGUGACAUGGUUCAAAAAUAAACGGUGACCAGGGACAGGAAGGAAGCAGACCUGGAGCUAGUCUACGUGGAAUAUUAAUCUGGAUUAAUUUUUAAAUUUGAUAUAUUCCAUUUUACUCCCAAAGUAAAUUAUAGUGUAUCUUAUUAACACCACUUAUGUCUUUAAUGAAAGCAUCCACACUGGGAUGGAAUGCAGUUUAAGUAAUCUGCUUUUAAUACACACCAGGUACAAUUUGGAUUGCUUUUCCUCUGCAUUCCUGUGUACACAAACUCCCCAAGGCACAGUGUCUUUCUGCCACUGUGCCUCUGGGGUGAUUCCUGUCAUGCACAUUUCCUUGUGUGGAGUAUUGUCUAAUGCCAGAUAUCACCCAUAAGGUUUUUAUAUCUUCAUUAACUACUACACAGAUGCUGCAGUGCCCAUCUAACAUGGAUGCAUUUAGCAUCACUGACAGCCUCUGGCAGUGAUAAUCAUCAGAACAGAGAACAUUACACUAGGCACGGUUAAAUCGCAUUUUAUUAACAUGAAUUGCUUGUACUCUGAGCUUGCUGUGUUCAUUCCAUUAAAAUUAACUUCUAGAAGAAACAGAAAAUUCUGCUAAUGCUUUAGGUUACUGCUGUUAUGUUGCUCUGUGCAGCAACAACCUUGCUGAGGCCACUACUAAAACCCAACAUGUGGGUUGUGCCUGCUGCUGGCUUGAUCCCAGACUGAUGUGUUGAGGAUGGUCCUCUUUUCUCCCUCAUCCCCUCCUGGGAAAAAUCCAUAGCACUUCCACACAGGCAGACAAGAUAUCCCAGUGCAGAGUGUAGCUUACUGCUUGAAGAAGGCAGCAGGGAUGCUCCAUGUGCCAGCCUGCAGAUACCACCAUGGGCUUGAAUGCUCUGGAAUCUGCUCACCUCUCCAAAAGCCUCAGAUAAUCAGUAGGAAAAGGGCUGGCCAGAGACACAAACUUGGUCCUUCAGUGACUCCUAUUUACCCUGAGUCAGAUUUUAUUAUCUCAAACAGUUCAGAAAAAUCAGAACCAUCAAAUUGCUUUUUAAGUUGUUUUGUUUUGUUUUAACUUGGGGGAAUUUACAGCACAUCUUUUCCAAACGUGUCUAUGUGUGUAUGUAUAUAUAUGUGUGAGUUUGUACUUACAUAUACACACAUAUAUAUAUAUUUAAGAGCCAACCACAGACUUUGAAAGCAUUUAGCAAUAAGUUAAAUUACAGUAGCUUCUAGCAUGUGUAAAUCAUGAGUGAAUAACUCAUUUUCACAGCAUCCUCAAGCUCAGUAGAGGUCAACACACAGGCCUUGUCUUUGCAUAGGAGCCUUCAUGUCUUACCCUUGUCGGUUCUGUUGUGUGGGCAAAAAGGGAACCUGCUAUAUUUGGAUGUAAAAAAAAAAAAAAGGGAACUGAACAGAGAAUUUUCAGGAUUUUUAUAAAUGUUUUUAAAAAAUUCAGCACCAGAACUGUAAAUAUGUCAACUCAGCUGGACCCGUUCUGAUGUACAGCCCUUGUUUCGAUGGACAGCCAAGGGCGCUGCCUGACAGCGCCUCGUGGUCUCCCCCAGCCAGGGGGUGACAACAUUUUUGUGAAUGUUUAUAUACUGUCACGUACCCAACUUUCUUUGGGUCAUUCACAUCAGGGUUUUGUGAUGCUGCUAUUAAUUUAUUAAAGAAAAGUUUGUUGGUUUAA